UGUUGUAAAUUAUGUAUUAGGUGAAUGGAUUAACUCUGCCAUCCAUGUAGACACGUGCCACCAGAAGAGGGCAGCAGUGAGACACGUGGGAGAACUGGGUUACCAGCUCUGGAACUCGCAAAGGCAUCAAGACCCUGGGUAAUUGAUCACCAUAGACCCAGGGACACUGAAUUCAUCGUGGAGGGAGGGAAAUCAUGAAUAAUCACAAAGCAGUGGCUGUGCUGCUGGAAGAGUGCAAGCGAGUGCUGGACCAGCUCUUGUUGGAGGCUCCAGAUGUGACGGAGGGGGACAAGAGUGAGGACCAGCGGUGCAGAGCUCUACUCCCCAGCGAGUUAAGGACUCUGAUCCAGGAGGCAAAGGAAAUGAAGUGGCCCUUCGUGCCUGAAAAGUGGCAGUACAAACAAGCAAUGAGCCCAGAGGACAAAACAAACCUCCACGAUGUGAUUGGUGCUGGCCUACAGCAGCUACAGGCGGCCUUGCGAGCAUCUAUCGUGGCUCAGGACUGUGCGGUCGCCUCGGCCAUCGUCUUCUUGAUGGACAGGUUCCUGUAUGGACUCGAUGUUUCUGGAAAACUCCUGCAGGUCGCCAAGGGCCUGCAUAAGCUGCAGCCAGCCACACCAAUCGCCCCGCAGGUGGUUAUUCGCCAAGCCAGGAUUUCUGUCAACUCAGGAAAACUCUUAAAAGCAGAAUAUAUCCUCAGCAGUCUCAUUAGCAACAAUGGGGCGACAGGUACCUGGCAGUACAGGAAGGAAAGUGACAAGAUCCUGGUGCAGUCCGUCUGCAUACAGAUCAGAGGGCAAAUUCUGCAAAAGCUAGGCAUGUGGUAUGAAGCUGCAGAGUUAAUAUGGGCCUCAAUCGCAGGAUACUUGACUCUUCCUCAACCAGAUAAAAAGGGCAUCUCCACAUCGCUGGGUAUCCUGGCAGACAUCUUCGUUUCUAUGAGCAAGAAUGAUUACAAAAGGUUUAAAAACAAUCCACAGAUUAACUUGGGCUUGCUCAAGGAGUUUGAUCACCAGUUGCUGGCGGCUGCAGAAGCCUGCAAGCUGGCGGCUGCCUUCAGCGCGUACACGCCCCUGUUUGUGCUCACAGCUGUGAAUAUCCGUGGCACAUGCUUGUUGUCAUACGCUAGUUCUAGUGACUGUCCUGCAGGCAUGAAAGAUGCAUAUCUGCAUGCGGCCAAAGAGGCAUUUGAGAUUGGCCUCCUGAGCAAGAAAGAUGAUGAGCCAGUGAUGGGCAAGCAGGAGCUUCACAGCUUCAUAAAAGCCGCCUUCGCUCUCACCACAGUGCACCGACGACUGCACGGAGAGACGCACGCCGUGUGCGCUGCGAGUGGGCUCUGCACUGCCGCCCUGGGGAAACUGUAUUCCUUCAGCACUUCCUCCAGAAGUCAGGACACAGACACCUGCUCUCGGGAAAUCAUGACUGCUAUCAGCCGGGUGAAAGAUCUUUUCCAAGUUCAAAGCUUCUCAAAUUUAGAUGACAGAUCUUACGUUCCAGAGAGCUUCAAGAGCAGAUUGGAUCAGCCCAUGUUGUAUGGGCAAGUAGAUUUCCAAAAAAUCCUUGAGGCCUAUUCACAGCACCAUACUUCAGUGUGUGAGGUUUUUGAAAGCAGCUGUGGAAGCAGGAAAGACCGACAGAAAGACACAGAAACAGGAAUCUGUGUCACUGCUCUAAAAACGGAAACAAAAUGCAUGGAUACAAUGAGUAUGACAGAAGACAACCAAUGCUCCCAAGAAGGCAGAGGAAUGAACUCCUCCGUGAUGGUGGAGGAAGGUCGGGAGAGACUCCGGAGGGCAGGGAGGAGAAACUGGGCCCACUCUGAUGCAUUCCGAGUCUCCGUGGAUCAAGGGAUGGAGACUGAGACUGAGCCACUUGACCACAGCAAUGGAUGGAGAGAUGUUUUGAACAAGUCUCAGAGCGACAGCCAGAACUCCAGUUCUUGGAGCAACUUAUCCAGGCUUAGUUCUUCUACAAGCUGGGAGGAAGUAAACUACCAUGUGGACGGUAAGUCAGUGAGAAAUGAAUCCAGCAAAGAACAUCCUGUGGAUACUCAGUGUUCUACUGCAUUGUCUGAGGAGAGGGAGAACAACAAAGGUGGGAGACCUAUGAAUUUACUGUCUUCACCAUCUCAUGAUCUCUCUCUCCAUAAAACCAAAUUUGACCAUUCAGAGUCUUCUCAGAGUCAGCUACAUACACCUGUGCCCUUGACGACAACAACAAUGAACACUUGCAACACCACAAGCACUCAUUUGGCUGCUGGCCUAGGAUUACUAAAAGAGCAGAAAGGUAUCCGGGAAGUCAGACCUGAAGGACCCAGGAGUUCUUCCGCUCAAUGCACACCUUCAAGGACUUCCCUUUCUUGGCUUUCACCUGCUAAUGGCAAGUGCAAGUACCUGAGCAGAUACCCUUCAGUCCAAAAAGAAGAAGCUUUUGAAAUAAUUGAUGAUUUUCCAAAAACAAAUGGUGACUGCACAAACUGGCAUGGGGAAGAGAAGGGAAAAGAACUCACUGGAAGAGUCACAGGCUGUCUAUUCACAGAGAAUCCAUCCAGGGUGGACCCGGAAGAAGAAACAGCAGAAUGCAGAGAAGAUGGGCCCUUAGACUUCCAAGCAGUUAUGGGCAGUGCUCUGGGCAACCAGUCCAGGUUGGUGUCUAGCCCCUUUACUCUUCAUUGGCCUGCUCAAAAUCUUGAUGCAAGAAAGAAUGGUGGCUCCGCUGAAGAUCAGAAAAUUGACCCCGAUGCCACGACAGAGGAUGAGAAGGGUUGGCAGCCUGCCAGCCCAGGUAUCAGCUCCAUUAAUGAACAUGGACCUUGUAGACCAUACAUGGUGAGGCAGCUCUCUGCUCCAAGACCCGAGACCCUCAAAUCCUGUUUGAGUGGGAACGCUCCCUUCCCUGGCCUCAGCGAGGACUGUACCACCACAGAGGAAGGGAAGGGAGCAGCGAUCCCACUAGACUGCAGCCAGAACUCCAGCUCAUCUCCUUUCUGGUGGCUGAAAUCACCCGCAUUGUCCAAUGGUUCUUCAGAAGGGGACAACUCAUGGUCCUUCCUAAAUUCCAGUAGAAGUUCUUUUGUCUCAGUGCCAGGAAUCACCAAGGAAGAGAUCCUUAAGGCUCGAACUCUGCAAACUGAUGACUUUGAAAAACUCCUGGCAGGAGUGAGACAGGACUGGCUACUGCAGAGAUUAGAGAAUACGGGAGUCUUUAAGCCCAGUCAACUCCAACGGGCACACAAUGCUCUUUUGUUAAAAUAUUCCAAAAAGUCUGAACUAUGGACAGCCCAGGAAACUGCUGUGUAUUUGGGGGACUAUCUGAAUGUGAAGAAGAAAGGCAAACAGAGAAAUACUUUUUGGGUCCAUUAUCUUCAUCAGGAAGAAACCCUGGGGAGAUAUGUUGGGAAAGAAUACAAGGAGCACAAGGAGCUCUGGCACCACUUUAUCGAUGUGGAGCGACAGAUGACCGCACAGCACUACGUGACAGAAUUUAACAAGAGACUCUAUGAACAAAAGAUCCCAACACAAAUAUUCUACAUCCCAUCCGCAGUAUUGAUGCUUCUAGAAGACAAAACAAUAAAGGGAUGUAUCACUGUGGAACCUUAUAUACUGGGAGAAUUUGUAAAGUUAUCAAAUAACACUAAAGUGGUAAAAACAGAAUACAAAGCCACGGAUUAUGGCUUAGCUUAUGGCCAUUUUUCUUACGAGUUUUCUAAUCAUAGAGAUGUUGUAGUUGAUUUACAAGGUUGGGUGACUGGUAAUGGCAAAGGCCUCAUCUACCUCACAGAUCCUCAGAUUCAUUCUGUUGACCAGAAAGAUGUCACCACCAAUUUUGGAAAGAAAGGAAUUUUUUACUUCUUUAAGAACCAGCAUGAAAAAUGUAAUGAAAUAUGCCAUCGUCUUUCUCUGACAAGGCCUGCAAUAGAAAAACAAAGCAAGCCAUAGACUGCAUGGGUCGUGUGACAGUCCUCGGUCCUCUCCAACCUCAGAGUCUCUCUCCUUCCAGGCACCUGGAACAUGGCAUACCAUACUAGUUCGGGGCUUGGACAGGCCACAGGCUCAUUCUGGCCCGUGAUUUAGUUGAUGGGGGGUGAAUGGUGGGAACUGGGGCUUAAACUCAGAGUCUCCAGCUUUCAUUUAAAUUUUGAUUCAAGGCUGGCACUUUACCACUCAAGCCACAGUUCCAUUUCCAUGGCCAAUGGUUUCUGAGAGCAACUGCUGAGUGUCAACGUCAGGCUUCGUUGAAUUGCCAUAACAACAUA